AUGGAAGAAAUAAGUGCCAUACUGAACUCUUCACUACUUCAAAUGAGAGAGACUUUAACUACUUCAGCCACUUUUGUUGCUGUCCGCAACACGAGUGUUGCAGGCAAAGUUGCUAGUACCGCAUACGAAUGGCGUUUCAUACUACCUCCUUACUUUUUAAUUUUCUUGCUAUCUAUCACCGGAAACUGUUUGGUGAUUGCAACACUCGCGAGCAACAGACGAAUGAGGACAGUCACAAAUGUCUAUCUGUUGAACUUGGCGAUUUCGGACUUUCUACUUGGCGUGUUCUGCUUGCCAUUCACACUAGUCGGACAGAUAUACAGGCGGUUCUUCUUCGGUGCUCUUAUGUGCAAGCUUAUACCAUUUCUACAGGCUGUCUCCGUAUCAGUGGACGUUUGGACCCUUGUCGCCAUAUCGCUUGAACGAUACUUUGCGAUAUGCCGCCCCCUCAAAUCGAGGAAGUGGCAGACACAAUGCCACGCAUACAAGAUGAUAGCCAUGGUCUGGAUGCUGUCCAUAUUGCUGAACUCGCCGAUACUACUCGUGUCUGAACUGCAACCUAUGAGAGGGAAUGCAUACAAAUGUCGAGAAGUUUGGUCAAAUGCUGAACUAGAACGUGCUUUCAACCUUGGCCUGGACGUCGGUCUACUGCUGGUGCCAUUCUUCAUCAUGUCGUUUGCCUACUCACUAAUCGUUACUAAACUGUGGCGGGGCAUGAGGCAUGAGAUACAACAUAACUUCAAAUGGCAGAGACAUUUGACGAGUAAUUGUAGCUGUAAGGGCACCCAUAUUAUUCCAACGCCACCGAUGGUAAAGAGCAAUUCAGAAGAUAUAUGUUGUAAGAAAUGUCAUCAGAAACCUCCAAAGGAGUCAGCGCAGACCACAGAGUCCGACAACAAAAGCACUCAUUCGUAUUGUAUGCACACCGUUGAUUUGGAGUUCAGACAUGUUGUCAGAUCCACGCAUAUCGAUAAGAGUAUAGAAGCUAAGAGAAAAGUAAUACGGAUGCUUUUUGUGAUCAUAUUGGAGUUCUUCGUGUGCUGGACUCCGCUACACGUAAUCAAUACGAUAUUUAUCAAUUCGAAGCCACAAACUGGUAUCAAUUACUUUGGGAUUAACCUGAUCAUCCAGCCAGAGACUAAACCGAUGCUUGACAGUUGGCAAAGCUCUAUGACAUCUGUCAACCUGCGUUUCGCCGCAAUAGAUUACGUCGUAACUCGUCUUAGUCGGAUUAAAUCCAUGAUGUCCUAA